AAAUGGAGGGUAGGCGAAUGGCAACAAAAAAUGACCCUAAGGGACAAGCUUCGGUAGCUUACCUUGAGGCUAGCCGGGCUGUGUCACGAGCCUUUACGGGGAGAGGAAUAGGUCAUGGGGGCCGCGAGGGCCGCCAAGCGGCAAGCGCUAGUCACGUGGGCUCGAUGUGUAACCUGAACACCAGGAGGAAUGAACGUAAGCGUCAGGCUAGGCGAGAUCGGGCCACCUCCCAACGUGAUAUGACUGCCAGUCAAACCCAUCCUUGGGCAAACGACCAAGGAGGAGAAAGCACUUUUACGGCACUAGCAUCACCGGUGAAAAAGAAAAGGAACUCAAAGUGGCAUGCGUCCUUUCCUUACUCUUUAAGAUCAUCCAAAUGUUCGAAUUGCUCUAAGAAGCAUUUCGGAAAGUGCAACGAGCCCCCGAUGUGCUACGAAUGUGGGAGCACAACCCAUAUGAAAUUAAGCUGCCCAUGGAGGAGACAACGAGAAACAUCGCAAGCCGAUGAAGGGCUCACCGUGGAAGGAAACUAAACGGGACCAACGACGAGCAACGCUACGUCCGUCAAUCAAGGCGGGGCCCAAGUAAGGGUCUACGCAAUGACCGAGGCGGAUGUGCGAGCAAACCCGGACUCCGUUACAGGUUGAAGCUAGGGCUUGCUACUUGCACCUUCUUACGGGUGAUAUCAAUUCAGGAAGACGUGGUUCGUGCUUCCUUAUUUUCUUUCAAACUACCGAACACUUGCUCAUGGAUAUUUGUUCUACUAUAAACUAUUUUUGGGGCUUGCAUGCCCAUGUUGUUGGCCGGUUGUGGCUUAUGACUUACCGUUGAAUAUUUCCGCUAUUCAUUGGUUUAAAUGUGAUGUUGUUAUGUAUGUUUACUACUGAGUAUGGAUGGAUUGUUUUCUCGAACGCCUUGUGUAAUUAAGUGAGGUUGACUCGCGGGUGACGUCACUUAAUUAUACGGCGGUUGUACACGCGCUUGGAUUGCGGUCUGGGG